AUGUCGCCGAUGAUCGACCACAUUGGCCCGAUUGCGUCUUCGCUCGAAGACGUUGCUAUGCUGCUCAAGCCAGUGCUGAAAGUCGGCCUGCUUACCGAAGCUUUCUCCGUCUCUGGCCUGUCCCCGGACGUCGCUAAGCUUAUUAAACAAACCACCUACGAAGCAUUCACCGCCGCGGGCGCGAGCGUCACGAUAACCUCGGUGCCAAUGCACGCCGAAGCUCCUGUGAUAUGGACCCCCGCGACACGUCCAUCCAUGUCGCAAUGGCUCUCCCAGGGCCGGCCGUCCGGAUAUCUAUCGUACCUGGCACCGCACAUCGCGCCCCAGUGGCCGCCGGACCAGCAGAUGUACGAGCUGCUCAACCGGCGCGCUGGCCGCUGCCGACUCUCGGGGGGCAUGAGUGCCGCCGCUACCGCCUACCCCGCGGGGCUCGAGGCCAAGGCGCACCGAGAAGUCUUUGAGCUCCGCGCCGCAUAUGACAGGGCGCUGGACGAGGUCGACGUGCUGGUCCUGCCGUGCACGCCGACGGUGAGCAUGCCGCAUCCUGACCUGCGCGAGAACGGGACGGGGAUUCUGGAGAAGCUGGCGCCGGCGGUCGGGCUAACGAGUAAUACGUGUCCGUUCAAUAAUAUCACGGAACAUCCGGCGAUGAGCGUGCCGUGUGGGACGCUGCCGGUUGUCGUUGAGGCAGACGGGGAGAGGAAGGAGGUGUAG